GUGCUGUCACUGGGUGCCGACGUGCUCCCGGAGUACAAGCUGCAGGCGCCGCGCAUCCACAAAUGGACCAUCCUGCACUACAGCCCCUUCAAGGCGGUGUGGGACUGGCUGAUCCUGCUGUUGGUCAUCUACACGGCCAUCUUCACCCCCUACUCAGCCGCCUUCCUGCUCAACGACCAGGAGGAGGCCCAGCGCCACCACUGUGGCUACUCCUGCAGCCCCCUCAACGUGGUCGACCUCAUCGUGGACAUCAUGUUCAUCAUUGACAUCCUUAUCAAUUUCCGCACCACCUAUGUCAACUCCAACGAGGAGGUGGUCAGCCACCCAGCCAAGAUCGCCAUACACUACUUCAAGGGCUGGUUCCUCAUCGACAUGGUUGCUGCCAUCCCCUUCGACCUGCUCAUCUUUGGCUCUGGCUCUGAGGAGGGCUGCUGGGGCAGGGGCUGUGUCUGGUGGGUGCCCCGCUCCCCACGCUGGGUUGCGGUGUGGGUGCCCGGUGCCCUCACGCCGCUCGCAGCGCUGAUUUAUGCCAGCAUCUUCGGGAACGUGUCAGCCAUCAUCCAGCGCCUGUAUUCGGGCACCGCGCGCUACCACACACAGAUGCUGCGCGUCCGCGAGUUCAUCCGCUUCCACCAGAUCCCCAACCCACUGCGCCAGCGCCUCGAGGAGUACUUCCAGCACGCCUGGUCCUACACCAACGGCAUCGACAUGAACGCAGUGCUGAAGGGCUUCCCUGAGUGCCUGCAGGCCGACAUCUGCCUGCACCUCAACCGCAGCCUGCUGCAGAACUGCAAACCCUUCAAGGGUGCCACCAAGGGCUGCCUGCGCGCCCUGGCCAUGAAGUUCAAGACCACGCACGCCCCGCCGGGGGACACGCUGGUGCACGCCGGGGAUGUCCUCACUGCACUCUACUUCAUCUCCCGUGGCUCCAUCGAGAUCCUGCGUGGGGAUGUGGUGGUGGCCAUCCUGGGGAAGAACGACAUCUUUGGGGAGCCGCUGAACCUGUAUGCACGGCCUGGGAAGUCCAAUGCGGACGUGCGG